GGACGACAGGGAGCCGAAAGCAGUGGACGACCCCAUGCUUCCCGUCCCUCGUGAGAUUGACGAGUUGCAUGAGGAGGGCGAAGUGGGUGACGAGAGGACGCACACCAUGCGGGAGGUGGCAGAGCAAAGAGACAUAGAUAUGAUGGGGGGUGAGGAGCUCUGGGGAUCUUUCAGGGUCACGGAGGAGAGAUCACAAACUACCGCGCAAGUGGAUACGCGUCCUCACAUGACCUUGCGGGAGGAGACGCGUGCUCCCAUGACUGCGAGCGAGGAGCCACGUCCUGCCACGACAGCGAGGGAGCGAACGACUGUUCCCUCGACCACGCAGGAGCAGACGCCUGCUCCCACGACCACGUGGGAGCAGACGAGUACUCCCGCGACGCAGUCCGGACCCUCGUCGUCGUUGCCUCUUUCUCGUCAUUUUGUCCCAUCAUCCGCUCCAACCGCUCCCAUUCGACAUGACGAGCGCUCACCUGCACCGGUUGGGAGGGAGGACUUGGGAUCCUCGUUGCACAUGCGCGAGCAUGGAUCAUUGUUUAGCGUAGCCCGUCAGCUCGUUUUGGACCCGCAUGCAUCGGGGGACUUAGGGGAGGUGGGUGUUCAUAGCGGGGCACCACCGGUGGAGGAGAGGGAGAGAGGAGCGGAGGAGCACGGAGCCGCCGGAGCGGGUGGAGUUGAGGGUAUUCGGGGUAUGGAGGAGGAGGUAGCAAGAGCAGUGGGGGGCAUGGUGGAGGUAGAUGAUGGUGCGCAGGUCGAGAGAGAGGAGGCCAUGGCGAGAGUGCAUGAUGGUUAGCAGGUUGAGAGAGUGGAGGGCGUGUUGCCGUCGGAG